UUCACCACAGAGGGACAGACUCUGCUCCACCCAUCCUGAAGCUACAGGCGCUCCCUCCUAGAAUCCCCAAUGGAUUUCACACGCAGAAGCUUGCAAAGAAGCCUGAGUUCCUCCUCGCAGGCUUCUAUGGUCAACAUGUAUAGGACUGGGGGCAGGCAGCUCCUGGGGGCAGCGCCUAGCGUCUACGGGGGAGCUGGAGGCCACGGCACCCGCAUCUCAACCUCCAAAAGCUUGGUGAGCUAUGGGAAUGAUCUCAACAAAGGCGACCUGUUUUUUGGCAAUGAGAAGAUGGCCAUGAGAAACCUCAAUGACCGCCUAGCGAGCUACCUAGAAAAAGUGCGGUCCCUGGAGCAGUCCAACCUCCAACUUGAGAUGCAGAUUAAGCAGUGGUAUGAAUCAAACGCGCCCAGCACCAGUCGGGACUACAGUGCAUACUACAAAGAAAUUGAAGAGCUGCGAGCUCAGAUUAAAGAUGUUCAACGGCAAAAUGCUCUGUGUGUCCUGAAAAUCGAUAAUGCUAAACUGGCGGCUGAGGACUUCAGACUGAAGUAUGAGACUGAAAGAGGGAUGCGCCUAACAGUGGAAGCUGACCUCCAGGGCCUGAGCAAGGUUUAUGAUGAUCUAACCCUAAGCAAAACAGACUUGGAGGCUCAAAUUGAAGAACUGAAUAAAGACCUGGUUCUCCUCAAAAAAGAGCAUCAGGAGGAAGUGGACGUCCUACGCAAACAGCUGGGCAAUACCGUCAAUGUGGAGCUGAUGGCUGCUCCAGCCCUGAACCUCAGUGCCAUCAUGGAUGAAAUGAGGCAGAAAUAUGAAGUCUUGGCCCAAGAGAACCUUAAGAAGGCCAAAGAAGAGUUUGAGAUACAGACUGAAACUCUGCAGCAACAAGUCUCAGUGGACACUGCAGAAUUAAAGCAAUCGGAGGUUCAAGUAAAGGAGCUGAGACGCACCUACCAGAACUUGGAGAUAGACCUCAAGUCCCAUCUCAGUAUGAAACAAUCUUUGGAGCAGACGCUGCAAGAUACCAAAGCUCGUUAUCACAGCCAGCUGGCCACCCUCCAGGCCCUGCUGAACUCCAUAGAGGCCCAACUGAUGCAGGUUCGGGCGGAUGCAGAACGCCAGAACAAGGAAUACAAUGAGCUCCUGGACAUGAAGAUCAGGCUGGAGCAGGAAAUCGCUACUUACCGGCGCCUCCUGGAAGGAGAGGAUCUAAGCAUCCUGGAGGAGAAAGCAGAUGUAAAGAAAACCAGGAAGAUUAAGACAGUGGUGGAAGAAGUAGUGGAUGGCAAGGUCGUGUCAUCUGAAGUCCAAGAAAUGGAAGAAAGUAUAUAAACCCCUGCCAGACAGAGAUGCUGCUGAGGGCCUGAGAGAAGUGGAGCUGUAAUGUCUGCUCCCUGCAGGAAAGCGGCCGUCAGAAAGCACCAUUAGCGCUUACUACUGGUGCGGUGGAGGGGGUGGCCCAUCUAUCUAUCAGUCUCUGUAAUUGAACAUAAAUGUUUUACUCAAAGGAGCUGCAAAUUGCCAGCGAAAGUGAAAUCCAAUGAGCAUUAGGAUAUUUAAAACAUCAUUACUGCCAUCUUUACCAUGAAACAUUAAUUACAAGCUAUAGACCCCCUAAUAUCAAUUUAUUAAUGUUCCUGAAAAUUACAGCACAUUUUCAAUGAUAUUAAACCUCAUGAAGCAGAGGGUCUGUGCAAAUAAAUCUCUUUCUCUUGAA